AUGGACGCUGGCGGUCUUACUCAAAUGACUUACAACAACUCUUUCAAUAAUGGUUCCCUCGGUGUGGCUGGCUCCGGCUUCGCUUCUCGGGGGAAGGGUUCACACAUCAAGCGCUUGAGUGUAACUCCACAGGUGGCCACCAUUGAUGAAUCUCAGUCGUCCGCAUCAAUUUCCACUCCUCGCACUAGUCGCUCGCAUCUCUUGGCCGGGCUCCGCACUGCUCCCAGGUCAGCUACUAUCCCUUCUCAGCAUCAACAGCACAAUAGUAUGGAAGGUGGUCGAUUCCCAGGCGCAUAUCGAGGCUCUGAUCGGGUUCCGCAAACUGCCACGGGGGCUGGAUUCCCACAGCAGACGUUCUCUUCGAACCAGGGCAUGGGCAACCGCCACCAGAGUCAGCAGCAUAAUCAGCACCAAAGUCAGAACCACAAUCAGAACCGUCCGAUGUACACCCUGCCGGAGCAAGUGCUUGCACCUCCGACACUUGAAAUGGGCGGCCACGAGGUCAUUGACGAGAAUCUGUACGCAGAGCUGAUGUCGACAAAUCUGUUUCUGGCAGCUCAGCAGCAGCGUCUGCAACAGCAAUUGAUCAGCGUUACUGCUGCAGCCCAGCAGUUCCAGGGCCUCAGCUUGGGCGUUCAGCAGCAACAGCAACAACAGCACCAGCACCAGAACCAGCAGCACAUGGGUUUCUACCAGCAACAACUUCAGCAGGGUGUGCAGCCAAUUGUACAGCCUGUGCCUGGCCAACCGGGCUUGUUCUCCGUUUACAACCCUUUGACUGGCCAACAAAGUUACGUUAUGGACAACAGCUACCAAGAGGAGCCGCCUCAGCAGUACUAUGAACAUUCCUCUAGCUCACAGGUGCCCCAGUUCCGUGCUGAGAUCUCCCCUCCUGACUCGGUUCCAUCGCCAAUGCAUUACUCUCAUCCUGGCACCCCUUCCAAUGGCACCCCUUCUCCUUCUCCACCCCUAGAGUCCUCUGCAAGCACUCUCCGUCGCAAUCACCGCAAGAACCCCUCGUUCAACCCCGUUCUGCGAAACACCAUUGAUACAGCCAAGGCAAAUGUUGGAGCUGGUCCCCGCUCAGCUGUCCUGCCUCCUACACCUUCUACUGGAACUUUUGGCCCUGGUCAAGCUCGCGCUGGCGAGCACCCGAUCCGGCAGCCUCGUGGCCCGCCUUCUUUGGAGGAUCUCAUUGCCAGGCCCACAUCAAAGCACGAAGGAAGCAAGAACUUUGCUACCCGUCAAAGGCGCCGCGCCGUUCACAAUCUAGUUCGUGCUGGAAUCGAGCGCCGUGGUGACUCCCGUAGCUUUGGUUACAACAGCAGUGGUGGUACCAACACUCCAGCAAGUGAACAUGAGUUCGCCUUCUCCGACGGCGACGAUGCGACCGUUCGUAGUGGCAGUCUUUCUAGCAAGCCUAGUUUGGGUAGUCUGCGCGCAGCUGCAAAUGGUGCUAUCGGAUCCGAGCGCAAAGAGAAGUCUAGCCGCAAGAGCCCAGACAGUCCAUUUACUAGUGUUACGCCGACAAGCGAGGAUGGGUACUUUUCAUCCAACUUCUCCGAUGUCCGUGCUGGCCAAACCUCGAGUGAGGCCUCGUCUCCCUCGGUGGCAUCAGUUGUUGCAGGCCAAGGUCAAACAUCACAAGCACCAGAUCGUCGCAAGAUGCCGAUGCUUGUGCUGUCAAGCGCCGAGAAACGCAAAACCCCUCUCAUGUAA